UUUUUUUGUUCUAAUUCUAGUUUCCCUUUAUGUGCCUAAUUGAAGGCUUUCAGCAAACUUGCCCAAAGAAGAUAAAGUUUUGAUUGUUGAAAGAGUUAUCGAAUCCUUGGGAUUGCAAGCUGUGCGGGAUUCUUUGGUAGGAACAGUAGAGAAGCGAGGAAUCUCUGGUGGUCAAAGGAAGAGAGUGAAUGUCGGGUCGGAAAUGGUAAUGGAACCAUCACUUUUGAUCUUGGACGAACCUACAUCUGGUUUGGACAGCUCAUCAUCUCAACUACUUCUUAGAGCACUUCGUCAUGAAGCUCUAGCAGGAGUGAACAUCUGCAUGGUUUUACAUCAGCCAAGAACUCUUUGUUCAAAAUGUUCGACGAUCUGAUACUUUUGGCUAAAGGUGGUUUGACUGCAUACCACGGACCAGUAAGAACUGUAGAGGAGUAUUUUGCAGGCCUUGGAAUAAUUGUACCAGAUCGUGUAAACCCGCCUGAUCAUUUUAUCGAUUUCUUAGAGGGUAUGGUGAACCCAAGUUCAAGUUCUAUGGUUAGUUACAAAGAGCUUCCUCUUAGAUGGAUGCUUCACAAAGGCUAUCCAGUACCUGCAGAUAUGCAGCAGGAUGGCGUUGGAAAUGGUUUAUCUUCAGAAGGCAGUGGUGAUCAUAUUGUUAGAAUGAGCUCUGUUGAUACAGAUGCUGGCGAUCAAUCUUUCGCUGGAGAAGUUUGGCAGGAUAUGGUCAGUCAUCUUGAAGUUAAACGUGAUAUUUUACACCACAGCUUCUUAAGGUUCCAUGAUCAAUCUAACCGUAGAACUCUAGGCAUUUUGCACCAAUAUAAAUAUUUCCUCGGAAGGAUUGGAAAGCAACGCUUACGAGAUUCCAAUGGGCAAGCAAUCGAUUAUCUCAUCCUAUUACUUGCUGGGGCCUGUCUAGGUUCAAUAAGUAAAGUGAGUGAUAGUAAUUUUGGAGCCACCAUCAUUGCUGUUUGAGGAAUGGGCCCUAAACGGGUUUAGCAGAACAUUGAUGUUGUCCCAUGGCCAAGUAACAAAAGACCCUUUAGCAUGAAAACUGGUUCAAAGGGAAAGACAGUUUCUGCAGAUGGUGGAGCCUUGGAUGAAGAGGCAAUAGGGAGUGGGCCUAAGUUUGAAGAUGUCAAUCAAGUCUCCUAUAAGUGUUUGCUGGUGUCGAAAGUCUGUAAGUUUCAAAUUCCAAUUAUGAUGAAGUUUUAAUGGAUAGGAUUAUUGAAAAUACACGAUA